AUGGAUUUAUCUAAACAUUCACUUGCUCUUAUUUGCCUUGUGGGCUUAGCCAUGGUUCACCCCUCUCAUGCCCAAAACUCACCACAAGACUACCUCAAUGCUCACAAUAUGGCCCGAGGACAAGUAGGGGUCCCAAAUAUCACAUGGGACAGCACGGUGGCAGCCUAUGCUCAAAACUACUCAAACUCUAGGAUUGGGGACUGCAAUCUUGUGCAUUCUGACGGGGAUUAUGGGGAGAACCUUGCAAAAGGCAGCGGCUCGUUUAUAGGGACGGCGGCGGUGAACUUGUGGGUGGCAGAGAAGUCUUGUUAUGUCUACAACAACAAUUCUUGUGUUGUGGGAGAGUGCUUGCAUUAUACUCAAGUCGUGUGGCGCAAAUCGGUUCGUCUUGGGUGCGCAAGGGUUCAAUGCACUAAUGGUUGGUGGUUUGUCACUUGCAACUAUGAUCCCCCGGGCAAUUAUGUUGGACAACGUCCUUAUUAG